UCCUAGCGCAGGCGCAGUGGCGCGGCGGCCUAGACGUGCGGCCCCGCCCCAGCCAGGAGGGACCUCCGGUCCGCAGCUGGCUUGGGUCACCCCGGCCCACUCCGGAGCGAUGCCUCGCUAUUGCGCAGCUAUUUGCUGCAAGAACCGCCGGGGACGAAACAAUAAAGACCGGAAGCUGAGUUUUUACCCGUUUCCUCUACAUGACAAAGAAAGACUUGAAAAAUGGUUAAAGAAUAUGAAACGUGAUUCAUGGAUGCCCAGUAAAUACCAGUUCCUGUGUAGUGACCAUUUCACUCCUGACUCGCUUGACAUCAGAUGGGGAAUUCGAUACUUGAAGCAAACUGCAAUUCCGACAAUAUUUUCUUUGCCUGAAGAUAAUCAGGAAAAAGACUCUUCUGAAAAGGACUGUCCGAAGAAAAAAAUAGGUGAUGAGAAAGAAGUGUGCCUGAAAGCCAAGUCACAAGAAUCAUUUGUAUCAAAAGAGCCAGAGAAAAGGACAGUGAACACAGCUGUCCCUCCUAAACAAGCAGAAUCACUCCCUUCCCCUGCACUGGCGAAGCCACCAGCUCCCAACACAGGGAGUGUGCAUAAUAACAUAGUCAUUCUUACUCUAGUUAAUCAAGACACUGGAAAACCUGAAUCGACCUUGGAAACGUCAAUAAACCAAGACAUAGGUAUGGGUGGGUUUCACACAUCUUUUGAGAAUCUAAAUUCUACAGCUGUUACUUUGACAGCCUCAAAUUCAGAAGGUAUUCAGCGACCUUUGGAAACCCAAGAAGUGUUUGAAAUAACUACGAGUCAUCUUGCUCAUCCAGACGUCACAAAUAAUUCCAUAGAAAUUAAGACAGCACAGGAAAAUCCAUUCUUACUCAGCACAAUUACUCAAACAGUUGAAGAAUUAAACACAAAUGAGGAAUCCGUUAUUGCCAUUUUUGUACCCACAGAAAAUUCCAAACCUACAAUUAAUUCUUUUAUACCUGCCCAGAAAGAAACCGUGGAAAUGGAAGAUGUAGGCGUCGACGACUCCUUAUAUAAGGAUUUAGACUACGAGACAGAAGUUUUACAAAUUGAGCAUUCUUACUGUAGACAAGAUAUAAAUAAGGAACAUCUUUGGCAGAAAGUCUCUAAACUACAUUCAAAGAUAACUCUUCUUGAGCUACAAGAACAACAAACUCUAGGGAGAUUGAAGUCUUUGGAAGCUCUCAUAAGGCAGCUGAAACAGGAGAACUGGCUCUCUGAAGAAAAUGUCAAGAUUAUAGAAAACCAUUUCACAACGUACGAAGUUACUAUGAUAUAAAGAGGUCUCAAAGCUAUGACUUUUAUAUAAGCAUUCUGCAGCCAAACCAAAUUAUAUGUAAAGUGAACUUAUUCCUGCAUGAAGUUCUCAUCAUAAUGAAGCUAGGAGAGUGCUCUAAUGUUAUGAACUGCAUCCGGAUCUUGAAAUACUCAUUCUGGGGAAAAACUAGAGUGUAAUAAGGUUUUAUUACUUGGCAAUUGAAAAUAUAGUUAAUAUGAUUUUGUCAUAAAAUGAGAGAACACAAAUAUAGUAAAAAGGGCCCAGAAUAAAAGUCAGACUCAGGAAUAACCCUGGUUCUACCAUCGGCAUAUGAUUUAGGCAAGAUACUUAUCAAGAUUAAGCCUCAGUCUCUUAAUCUGUAAAAUGAGGGCACUUAACUAGAUCUAAAAUGCAGUCUGUUUAUAGUCUGUUCCCUUCCUAGUCAGAUACUUUUAAUAAAACAACUUUUCUAUAAGGUAAUCUGUACAUACAUAAUACUGGGUAUUGGCUAGAAUUUGAUUUUAUUAGCUGUUGGAUUAUCCUCAAUAUUUAUUGAAUGCGGUGUUGUUUGACCUUUUGGCUAAUGUUAAUAACAAAGGAGGAUACUCCUUUUGUAAUUUUAUUCCAGUUGAACCUAAAAUAAGAAAGCACCCAUUAGCCCAGUUCUUAGGAGAGGUACUUUAUACUUAAAAGAAUAUGUAUUUCGGUACCAUAUGUGUGGCUUACCAUCAUAAUGAAACAUAGUCAUUUAAGCUUCUUAACACCCUAUAUUUAAGAUUAUAAUUUAUAAACCAAAAAUUUUAAUGAGGCUAAUUUUUUAAAUAUAUAUAUUACUAUAUUUUAAAAAUCAUACUUUGUAUCUUAUAUGUGUAGCUUUUUAAAAUGUGUGCAUGUGUCAUUUUUAAAUCCAGAAUAAGAAUAAUACUUAAUACUAUACAUUCCCACUUAAGUAUAUUUUAUUAAAAUUUAUAUUCAAGAAAUUAUAGAUAUGUAGUGAUGGCCUUCAACAGACAAAUAGGACAAAGAAGUGAUGGUGAUGUAAACAAGAAAUGCUGCAUAUAUCCAUACGAAUUUAAGAAAAAAUAUAAAAGCAAAGCCUUAGUGGUAACAGCAAAAAUGUGAAAAAUAGAUGAUCGCUUAAAAUUGGAAGUUAAUGUAAUUAACUAUGUUACUGUUUAUGAUAUUGAGCAAGUUCCUGUCAAUCUGAUUCUUAGUUUUCUUUUAAAUGAAAAGUGCUAUUUAUCUUGAAGGAUGAUUUUUAUAAUUCUGUUAGGUAACAAUUAUGUUUUUAGUCCUGGAAAAUAGGAGGAGCUCAGUAAAUAUUAGUUGACUGCACAGCAAAUAGUACUAACUAUAAAUGCAUGUGAUUAUUUUUUACUAUAUUUCACUUAGUUUUUUCAGGCUAAUAAAAUUAAUUUACAUUAUAUGACUAUAAGUCAACUAAUUACCAAAACUUGAUUAGAGGUGUCUUUAUUGGGUGACCAUGUUGAGGGGGAGACAUAAAUUACAUAAAUUAUGAUAAUUGGUAGGGUUAAUGUGAUUUUUAAGUAUUUCCGUGUUCCAUUUUGCUAAUACUUUAAAACUAACAUGAAGAUGGCCUUGAUAAGUCACUAAAAGUGUUGCAACUCAGUUUUUAAUUGUAUACCUUGUAAUUAUUUUCUUGUUUAAAAUUAUU